GAUUGGUAUAUAAAUGAAGUAGGCUGCGAACGUCUCUCUUUUAUAACCUUAAAAAUGCGCGAGAUGUAUCACAGUGGAAUGGCGAAGAGAGCUUUAAUUUAAGUUUAAAUAGUGCAAAAGUGAACGGAUUACCACCAUGCCUUCAAAGAAGAGAAAAUACAAUGCCAGGUUCCCAGCAGGGCGAAUAAAGAAGAUUAUGCAGACUGAUGAAGAAGUGGGGAAGGUUGCCCAGGCUGUGCCUAUCAUAAUCUCUCGUACAUUAGAGCUCUUCGUCGAGUCGCUUCUCAGCAAGGCCAUGCAGGUGACGAUGCAAAGGAACGCGAAGACGCUCAGCCCGUCGCACGUCAAGCAGUGUAUACUGGCUGAGUCGAGGUUCGACUUUUUGAGGGAUCUGGUAAAAAAUGUACCAGAUGUGACUGCAGCAGAGGAGAAGGAAUUACAGAGUGGAGAGAGCUCACCAAAUUCCUCAAGAUAUUCUGACGCAUCAAUGCCAAGGAGGGUAGUCAGAGAAGACUCGAACAGCUCGAGUAGUUCGGACAUAAAAGUGCAGCAAAUCAUACCGCCCAUAGACACCGCCCCGCUAGCUAUAGCAGUGCAACUCGACAAAACCAUAGACCAACCGACAGAGGCCAUAGAUUUAACAAAGAAGAACGACGUGAAACCAAUCGUGACGGCUAACUUUUACCAAGAAACGCUAGUCACUGAGGAAGUACAACAUAGGAGUGUGAUAAAAGUCAAUCCGACGUAUGCAAGCCCUCAGCCGUCGACGUCUAGCUACGCGACUCUAACUCCUGUGGAUAAACCACUAGAAGCUUCUGUGCCAAAGCAAGAUCCAACGUUCUUUGUAGAUGUAAGACAAACUAUACCCCCAAAAACACCCGUGACCCCUGUCACUCCGCUGCUAAAUAUAGAUUUCUCCAAGAACCUAAAGAAGCCAGAAAUCAAAGUGUUAGAUACGGCAAUUGCUAAUGUGGUCAGUGCGAAAUCAGUGAAGAAAGUGCAACGGCAAAAUUCCAAGCCGAAAGUGAAAAAAGUGGAAAUACCAAUACCAAAACCCGUCAGUUUGGACAACAUUAACUCUGAUUUACAGAUUGACGAGGAUUACGAUACCUGAUGUGUUUUUGUUGUUUUUUGUGCUAUGUUUUGUGAUGUGCUCCCGGUAUAUGUUAUUUAAACACAGAAAAAGGUUUUCUCUUAGGGAUGAAACUGAAAAUUUUCCAAACCAUCUUAUCUUUCUCUAACAUGAGAACAUACUGUAAUGCAAUGUAUUUUACAUGACUUAAUUUAACUUCCAUAUUGAAAAAUAACUUGUUAUCAAACAAAUUUCAGUAGAAACAUUUCAACAACAUUUUUGACAUAGGUUAAAACAUGCAUAUUUACAAGAUAAAUGACAGAGAAAUACAUAAGUUUUAUGUUUUCAGUCAGCCUAACUUAUUUCACAUAUUCCUUGUUUUAUUAUCUGUGAAAUAUAAUUAUUAAAGUUUUAAAUAACAUAUAUAGUAAGUUUAAAUUGUUUACCAUAUAGGUAUAUUAUGUUAAGUUGUCAGACAUUGUAUAAUAAAGUAUAGAUAUAAACGUGCAUGCAUGGACUUGUGUGAGAUUUAAAAUAUUCUGAUUUGUGUGUUUGACAUGUAGAGUAGUCAUGAGACUUUAAAAAAUUGCGGAGUACUGUAUAUUAACGUUAUUUUUAAUUAUUAAAAUAACAUACGUACGUAAAGAAUUAAUUAAAAGAUAAACACGGGCGUCUUAAAUAUUCAAAACAAAGGGGCAAUGGCGGCUGUAUUUUUAAGAUAAUAGAAGAUUAAAAAUCAGCUGUCAGUUUUAAAUAGGACAGUUUUACCACUUGUUGAUAAAAUCGCUGAUUCUAACCUAUUUUUCACUUUGAUGUACAUUUUCAAAUAUUUUUAUUUUAACUGACAGAUAAGUUACAUAGAAGAUAUUCUAACAGGCUUUGAAUAUUUUAUAAUGCUUGUCAUUGUUUGGAGUUGUGAUUGGUUCCCGCGGAUAAAUGUCCCCCGCGGUUCAUACCUCAACCCGCAAAAAUCAUAAUCGAAACGUUGUUAUUUAUUCGAUUGUUAUCCAAAGCAUGGUAUAUAAAUACUUAUUGUAUGUUUAAUAAAGAGGUUUUCUUUCGUAUCAGCCACUGGCUAAUAGCUUAAUAACCCAUUUGUUAUAUAUUAACACGGAUUGUUAUCAAAAUUGUUUGUGUUCUCUCUCAUUGAUUUGAAAUUAAAGAAAUUAUGAAGUAAUUUUUGGUGAGAUUUUUUUCAUGUCAAUUUAAAAAAUAAUAAAAAAAUCGAUCGUUGAACUAUGUAGCAAUUUUGGAAAAUUACUAUUAUGUACCAAACUUUGUAAUUUAAACAUUAUUGUUUUGUGAUUCUCUGCUGUUAUUUUUGUGUAUGUACAGAAUUAUGUAUAGUAACUUGUAAAUGUACAAAUGGAUGGCAUGAUUGGAUAUUACAUGGGAAAGUUUUGAGAAGUCUGACUAGAAAAAUAAAAUAUUUAACAAU